AUGGGUAAGACGUAUGCAGACCUCACAACUACCGUUAAACGAUGGAGAAAUCCAAAAUGCAAUGGAAUUCUUCCACCAGGUUCAAUGGGAUUACCUUUCAUUGGGGAAACACUUCAAUUGAUACUUCCAAGUCACUCUUUGGAUCUUCCUCCAUUCUUGAAAAAUAGAAUUAAAAAAUAUGGACAAAUGUUUAAAACAAAUAUAGCAGGAAGGCCAGUGAUUAUAAGUGCUGAUCCAGAAUUUAAUAGUUUUAUUCUUAAACAAGAUGGUAAAUUAGUGGAAACAUGGUCAUUAGACACUUUUGCUGAAAUGACAGUAGAUUUUGCUGCAAAACAAAUUUUCAGUGGUGAUCUUGAAAAUGCACCAUUUAAUAUAAGUGACAUGUUUAGAGACUUAGUAGAAGGUUUAAUGUCAUUCCCAAUUAAUCUUCCUGGAACUUCUCAUCAUAAAUGUUUAAAGAUUCACAAAAAAGUACGUGAAACAAUGAGAGACGUACUGAAAAAAAGAAUCGAGUCAUCUACGAAAAAACGCGAAGGAGAGGAAGACCUAGUUGAUCAUCUUCUAAAAGACAUGGAUUCUCAGAAAUUUUUAACACAAGAUUACAUAGUUCAAAUGAUGUUUGGUUUGUUAUUUGUUACUUCUGAUUCUAUUUCAACUACAUUAGCUUUGUCUUUCAAGUUGCUUGUUGAACAUCAUCAUGUCCUAGAGGAAUUAAUAGUUGAGCAUGACUUAAUUUUGAAGAAUAAAGAGAAUUUGGAUGCUCCUCUCACUUGGAAUGACUAUAAAUCCAUGACGUUUACGCUUCAGGUUAUUAAUGAAGUUCUAAGAUUGGGAAAUAUUGCACCUGGAUUAUUUCGUCGAGCAUUAAAGGAUAUUCCAAUUAACGGAUAUACAAUUCCAGCAGGAUGGGUAAUUAUGAUUGCAACUGCUGCUCUUCAUUUAAAUUCAGAUCAAUUUGAGGAUCCCCUUUCAUUUAAUCCAUGGAGAUGGAAGGAAAUUCAGUUGAGUGGCGGAGCUAAAAAUUUCAUGCCGUUUGGAUAUGGAAUGAAGCAAUGUGCUGGUGCAGAAUAUAGCAGGGUCUUUUUAGCCACUUUCCUACAUGUUUUAGUCACUAAAUAUAGAUGGACAAUGGUUAAAGGAGGCAAAAUAAUUAGAGCACCAAUUAUAAGAUUUCCAGAUGGAUUUCACUUCAAUAUCUCUCAGAAGAACCAAUAA